AUGGCCCCCGGUUACCCCAUGGACAACAGGCCCUGGCAGAAUGGCGGGCGCAAGACCCCCGACAGCACCUACCACAAUCACAUUACAGAAUCCCCGGGACCUAGAACACCUGGCAUGAAUGACAGACCGGAGCGGACUGAACGGACAGACCGAUCACGAGACCGCGACGAUACGAGAACGAGACCAAGUGGCGAGAGGCAGAGAUCGAGGCAACGGAGUGGACGGUCGGCCAGCGGUCAGCAGAGGACAUGCAAGAAGUGCGGCGAGCCCUUGACCGGUCAAUUCGUGCGGGCCCUUGACGGAACCUUUCACUUGGACUGCUUCAAGUGCCGAGAUUGCGGUCAAAUUGUGGCAUCGAAGUUCUUCCCUGCCGAUGAGGAGAAUGGCGAGGGCCAAUACCCGCUUUGUGAGACCGACUAUUUCCGACGACUCGGAUUGCUUUGCCACCAGUGCGGAGGCGCGCUUCGUGGCUCGUACAUCACGGCGCUCGACCGCAAGUACCACGUGGACCACUUCACCUGUUCACUGUGCCCGACUGUCUUCGGCGCACAAGACAGCUAUUACGAGCACGAUGGCAACGUGUACUGCCAUUACCACUACUCGACCCAGUUCGCGCAACAGUGCAAUGGCUGUCAAACAGCCAUUCUCAAGCAGUUUGUCGAGAUUUUCCGAAAUGGCCAAAACCAACACUGGCACCCCGAGUGCUACAUGAUUCACAAGUUUUGGAAUGUACGGUUGUCGUCUUCGUCUGAAAAGGCAGAUGUCCCAGUCGACACCGACGAUCUCGUCGUACGCGACAACAUUCGGCAUCGAGAGGAGCAGAUGGAGGAAAAAGUAUAUCGCAUCUGGAGCGUCCUCUCUACAUUUGAAGAGUCCUCUGCUGCGUGCAUAUCAGACAUGCUGCUUCACGUCAGCAACGGCGCGUAUGUGGAUGGCGUCCUGGUGGCGAAGAAAUUCAUUUGCCAUGUCGAGGUCCUGUUCACGGCCGCAGAUAAGCUCGACUUGACCAUGAAACAAGUCGAUAUCAAGGGUCUAUCGUACGGUCGCGAAGCCAAACUCCUCUGCAAGAAGAUUGUUUCCUUUUUCUCGCUGCUGUCGAAAACCCAGGACACUGGUGCCAGGAAACUCGGUGUCACGCAAGAGCUGCUCUCACUGGUCACCGGCCUUGCCCACUACCUCAAGCUUCUCAUUCGAAUUUGUCUGCAAGGCGCCUUGAGGCUCGAGCGCGAGUCCAACAGCCUUGAUGGCAUUUACCAGUUUUUGGAUGACCUGAGCGACCUCGAGGCCAUUAAGCUCGACGACAAAUCCCUCCAGGUCAUGACGGGAACAUCUAAACUUUCAGCCAAGGACUCGGACCAUUGCGCCCUCUGUGGUAGGUCUGUGGAGGACGAAUGCGCACAAAACGAAGACAAGCGUUGGCACAUCACCUGCGUCAAAUGCACAAGGUGCGAGACGGAUCUGGGUCGAAAAUUGGAGGAUGCUCGCUUCAAUGCUUUUGAUCAGAGUGUCUACUGCACCAACUGUACCGGCGCCAAUUCUGACGACUUGCUUUCGUUCAAACACGUUUCGAAACUCCAGCAAUACGUCUUCCUUCUCAAAGUGGCACUCGCACGAUUGCUCGACAUCUUGAAAACCAACGGUGCAUUGCCACCGCAGGACGACGACACUCCCAUGAACGGAUAUGUUCUUGGCGAUGGCUCUUUGGCACCGGGCACCGGUGAUGUCCCGUAUCUCAGCUCGGACAGUCGGUCAAAAUCUUAUGCUGGCGAUGCGCGCGAACAUCAGCGAGAAUCGUCCUACGAGAACACGCUUAACGAUGUCCGCCGCCUGAGAAGCACUCGCCUGGAUAAGCACUUGUCCAACAGCAUUCGAAAGGCCCGGACCUCGCGUGUCAUGGAUGCAGACGGCAACGACAUGCAGGCCUCAAAUGGAGGUGCGCUCGGCGGUCCCGGCGGGCAGAUCCCUGAAGACAUAGCUGUCGGCGACGAAAGCACGAACGAGAGAAUGUUUGGCCACCAGGACGCGCUCACUCUCGACGACAUUCCAAGAAUUGUGGCGGCCGAGCAGGUGAAGGAACAAUACCAACCCGGACGCCAAGAUUUAUACCGUUCUCCGGCGACGGAGCCCUUCCUGGGACACCAGCGAUCUCAGUCGAUGGGGAGGCAAGCAGACACACGCGCCGGUGACCAACCACGAGGGGGCCGGAGGUUCUUUUCUGAGCUCUCAGCACUCGAGUAUUUCAAUGUGCGUCAUUUAGCCGUGCUUCUGAUGGCGCCUCAUGUCGAGUCUGAGUUCACCAUGGAUGAGCUACUGAGCUUUAUCGAUGCGAAGAAGCCGGCCACCUUCUGGAAGAAUAUUGGCAAGGCAUUCAAGAAUGACCGGUCCAAGGCCGUCAAGAAGAAGGGCAUUUUCGGCGUCCCGCUAGAAGUGAUUAUCGAAAAAGACGGCGCCGAGUCGACAGACGGUGUCGGUCCUGGAGCUUUGAAGAUCCCUGCUGUCGUCGACGAUAUCAUCAGGGCCAUGAAGGGUAUGGAUUUGUCGGUGGAGGGGGUGUUCCGAAAGAACGGCAACAUAAAGAAGUUGACAGACCUCGUUGAGAGGAUUGAUCGCGAUGGAUGCGACAGCAUCAACCUAACAGAACAACCGGUCGUUCAGAUUGCCGCUCUGCUCAAACGAUACCUGCGCGAGCUCCCGGACCCGCUCCUCACCCACAAACUUUACCGCCUUUGGUUGACCAUUUCCAAGAUCACGGACGACAACAGGAGGAUAAACUGUCUACAUCUAAGUUGCUGCCUCCUGCCCAAAGCGCACCGUGACUGCAUGGAAAUCCUCUUCUGCUUCCUCAAGUGGGCAGGCUCUUUCCACCAAGUCGACGAGGAGGUUGGCUCUAGGAUGGACAUCAAGAACCUCUCGACUGUCAUUGCGCCUAACAUUCUCUACACAAACGCGAAGGCGCUAGCGCUGGACAGCGAUCCAAUGUUUGCCAUCGUGGGAGUGGAGGAUCUGAUCAGCCAUAUCGAGGAGAUGUGCUUGGUCCCUGACGAAGUCAUGGGUCUCAUGGAUGACCCAUUCGUGAUCGCGGGCGGCAAUGCUGAUCUCUCUACGAAGGAGAUUUUGAAGCGCUACCAGGACCGCAUGGGUCAGAAGCCUGCGGGCUUCGGAGGCGACAUGGGCGAGAUUCACAACCGUCAAGACAACUCGUCUCGUCCGCCACCAACACGAGUAGACACGGACCCCGGUGUCUACAAGCAAGCCAGCAGCGUUCGUCCGGUGAUGGACACACCUGCGCCCUUUAACAACACGCAGAUGCCGGGCACUCCCCCGCAGGUUUGGAGGGGGCCUGGCGACUCGGGACAUCCUUCGCCGUACGGAAGCCAAGGGAAUCAGUACGAGACGGCAGACGCGCAGCUUGAGCAGACCGAGGGCGGGCCCAAGAGAGAAUGGCGCAACUCCGGUUGGGGACGACCGAAUGGGGUUGGAGUUGGCGGCAAUAUCUGA